AUGAAGACAAAAUGGAACAUUUUGCUGUUUCUGGUUUUCUUAUUUUGGAACCCAGCCAGGUUGGUGCUGGCUGACGGCCAAGAAGAUGAGGCUAAAAAUAACAUUACCAUCUUUACGAGAAUUUUAGACAGACUUCUGGAUGGCUAUGAUAAUCGGCUUAGACCAGGACUGGGAGACAGUAUUACUGAAGUCUUCACUAACAUCUAUGUGACCAGUUUUGGCCCUGUCUCAGAUACGGAUAUGGAAUAUACCAUAGAUGUUUUCUUUCGACAAAAAUGGAAAGAUGAACGGUUAAAAUUUAAAGGUCCUAUGAACAUCCUUCGACUUAACAAUUUAAUGGCUAGCAAAAUAUGGACUCCAGAUACCUUCUUUCAUAAUGGGAAAAAAUCAGUAGCUCAUAAUAUGACAAUGCCAAAUAAAUUGCUUCGAAUCCAGGAUGAUGGGACUCUGCUGUAUACAAUGAGGCUUACAGUACAAGCUGAAUGUCCAAUGCACUUGGAGGAUUUUCCAAUGGAUGCCCACUCAUGCCCUCUGAAAUUUGGCAGCUGUGAAUAUACUGUAAUGACAGCUCAUUUCCACUUGAAAAGAAAGAUUGGGUAUUUUGUGAUUCAGACAUAUCUGCCUUGCAUCAUGACUGUCAUUCUCUCCCAAGUGUCAUUCUGGCUUAACCGUGAAUCUGUGCCUGCAAGAACCGUGUUUGGAGUAACAACUGUUCUAACAAUGACUACCCUCAGCAUCAGUGCACGGAAUUCUCUCCCCAAAGUGGCUUAUGCAACUGCCAUGGACUGGUUUAUUGCUGUUUGCUAUGCAUUUGUGUUCUCUGCCUUAAUCGAAUUUGCAACUGUUAAUUACUUCACCAAAAGAGGAUGGGCUUGGGAUGGGAAGAGUGUAGUAAAUGACAAGAAAAAAGAGAAAGCCUCUGUCAUGAUACAGAACAAUGCAUAUGCAGUGGCUGUUGCCAAUUAUGCCCCAAAUCUUUCAAAGGAUCCAGUUCUGUCCACCAUCUCCAAGAGUGCAACCACACCAGAACCUAACAAGAAGCCGGAAAACAAGCCAGCUGAAGCCAAGAAAACCUUCAACAGUGUUAGCAAAAUUGAUAGAAUGUCUAGAAUAGUUUUCCCAGUCUUGUUUGGUACAUUUAAUUUAGUUUAUUGGGCUACAUAUUUAAACAGGGAACCUGUAUUAGGGUUCAGUCCUUGA